AUGACGGGAGGAUCAAAAUUUGAGGUCUCGAAAUUUGAUGGUCAUGGCAAUUUCGGAUUAUGGCAGACGAGACUAAAAGAUUUAUUGGCGCAGCAAGGAAUUCAGAAAGGGCUGCGCGCAGAAAAGCCAAAGGGGAUGGAAGACGAUGAUUGGCAAGAUCUGCAGGAACGGGCGGCCGGGACAAUUCGGUUGUGCCUUGCAGAUGAAGUUAUGUAUCACGUUAUGCAUCUCAAAUCGGCGGAUGAGAUCUGGAAGAAACUGGAAUUGCAGCUUAUGCCGAAAACCCUAACGACAAAACUGUAUCUGAAGCAGAGGUUAUACGGGCUGAAGAUGCAAGAGGGGACCGAUUUAGGGCAACAUGUGAAUAUCUUCAAUCAGGUUGUCACGGAUUUGGCUUCACUCGAAUUCAAGAUUGAAGAUGAAGAGAAGGCGAUGAUUUUACUGUGUUCGUUACCUCCUUCUUACGAACAUAUGGUGACUACCCUUACAUAUGGGAAAGAAACGAUCAAGACUGAGGAGAUUACUUCAGCGUUGUUGGCUCACAACCAGCGGAAACAGAAAUCUGGAGAGUCAUCUUCUCAAAGUGACAGUUUAUAUGUGAAGGGUAACCAGGAUCGUGGAAGAAAACAGGUGCGGGAUAAUUCAGGAAAUCGGAAUUUCAGAUCCAAGUCGCGAGACAAAUAA